AUGAAAAAGUUUGAUAAAAAUUAUUGUGGCAUCAUAGUCGAGUUUGACUAAAUUAAGUAAGAUGCCAAAGACAAUUAUUAUAGAGAAGUUGUCUUUAAAGAAGUUAUUUAAAAUAAAAAUUUUGAAGGAAGAAAUAUCUAUGUUAGAAUGUAUAGCUGCUUGGAGGUUAGCUUAUACGACAUGGUUUUCUUCUAAAACUACAGAAUCUAUAAAGAUGCUGAUAGCAUUAACUAAGUAAGGUUAGAAUGUGACAGGAAAUGUAGCAUAGAGUAUUAAGGAAACAGCGAAUGUAAGUAUAUUUGUGAUAGAGAAAUGUAUAGAAAAAUGAAAUGCUUAUAAUAGAGGAAGAGGUAGUUUUAGACUAAAUAAGUAUAAACUAGGUUAGAGGAUUACUUCAAAAAAUGA